GGCUCGGCCGCUCUCAGUCGUUCGCGAGCAGUCUCCAAGGAAGGAAACGUGCAAGUUGGCAGUUUACUCUCGAGUUGAGAAUUGAUUUUUUCGUUUUUGAGUGUUACUAAGGCUAGUGUCGCCGAGUCUGGGUCCACUUGAAUUUGAUCCGUGCAUUUUUCCGUAGAAGGAACAAGAAGAAGUAGUGUUGUGUCGUCGUUUCAAAACACGCGGUUCAUCGUGCGAAACAUGACUCACGAAUGAUUGCCGCGUCGGGGAUUUACGCCAGUUAUCAAAAACCAUUAACCGUGACUAGUAGUGCGGUGGACAGUGUUCAGUGCCAUCGUCAGUGGCUGGUAGAGCCGACGGGACAUUUCGUUCUCAAGUGCAUAGGAAAAUUCGUUAAGGUGGCUCCGCAGGCCGAACAACGUGGUUUAGUGAGUCGAGCAGCCAGGUUUCACUUUCCGCCGGUGGUACUAACGGGUACGCCCCCGCCUGACAUUGACAAACACCCUUCCCCACCGCCACCGUCGUUACAACAAAUCGUUACACGUUGCCGACCGAGGGUACAAAUUUCGCCACAAGGUGUGCAACAGAAGCAAAACAGUUUUGUUUACAACGUCAGUAGCCAACAGCAGCAGCAGCAACAUGCAGAAUUUGGCCAGCAACAACUUCAGCAGCAGCAGCAGCUCAGACAGCCAAGCUCGACGCCCGUUGUCGUUGACUCGUCGGCGCUCAUUUCCAGCUUCUGCCUAACGCCGAAACGGCGAAGCAGCGCCAACGAACUCUCGCCGUACUUGAAGGAUCACCACCAGCAGCAGCUCGCCAACGCGCAUCACUUUUCCGGGGUCGUGCAGACCAGCUGUGCGCUCGAAGGAGGUGGCGUCGGGGCGGAGCAGUGUUGUUCGCCGAGUUUUCAGACCCACCACCAGCACCACAAUCACCACGCGCAUCAUCAUAAUAGCAAUAGUAUCCACCACCAUCAUCAGCACCAGCAACAUGACACGGAGAGUGACGAGGACGAGAUCGCGCUGUAUCCACUCAACAAUCAGGUCGGCGGCCACACGCGCCUGCUGCUGUUGAACCAGAGCACCGUCAUCAAACCGUUGAACCUGCGUGAACUAGAGUUCUACCAAAACAUUCCUAGCGACAUCCAGCAGUUCGUUCCCAAGUAUCGAGGUGUUAUGCAGGCCACAACGAUGGGUGGAACCAAGCUGGAAAAACGCUACUCGCCCAGCUUCCGUGACGAUCCGGGCCGGAAGACGGCCGCCUCCAAGCGCAAACGGGAAGAAGUGCUACGGAUGAAAAUACAUAAGAACGGCAUACCGUCAGAAGUGUUAAAAAGUAUUUCACAGAUUGACAACUCCAACAAACAAUACUUCCUGAUGCUGGAGAACAUUACGUCCGCGUACCGGCAGCCCUGCAUCCUGGACCUGAAGAUGGGCACCCGGCAGCACGGGGACGACGCGUCGGCGGAGAAGCGCUCCAAGCAGAUGGCCAAGUGCGCGGCCAGUACUUCGGCCUCGUUGGGCGUUCGCCUGUGCGGCAUGCAGGUCUACCAGGCGGACAUUGACCAUUACAUGAAGAAGGACAAGUACUGGGGCCGCGAGCUCAACGAGGACGGGUUUAAGGGCGCGCUGCACAACUUCUUCCACAACGGGUUCCAGCUGCGGGUGAAGGUGAUCGCGCGGGUGCUCGAGAAGCUGGAGCAGCUGCGGCGGGUGAUCGAGAAGCAGUCCAGCUAUCGGUUCUACUCGUGUUCCCUUCUGAUCGUCUACGAGGGCUACGAGGAACCGGUAUCGCCCAGCGUCCCCGUCCCGUCCGACAACGCCUCCGACUAUCACCUGCUCGCCGAAACCGAGUCCAACUCGUACUGCUACGACGCGGACGCGUCCAACAGCUCAAUCGAGCAGUUUAACCUGUCCUCGUCCCACGAGGAUCAGCACGCGCCGCACCUCCACGAGCACGAGCUGGACAUGGCGGCCUCGGCCCACCACCGGUUGAACGCCUCGAUGGCCACGGUCGCCGCAGCGGCGGCUAAGGCAAAAGCGAAGGCGUCCUCGACACCGGCCGAGUCCGUCCCGUUCGUGCCCAUCUCGGAGGAGACGGUCUACCCGGGCGUCGCCGCGACCAUUCCGGCCGUUCCGAUGGGUACGCCGCAGAACGUGGUGACGAGCUCGAGUCCGCACUCGAUGGACUCGUGGAUGAACUACAGCAGCAACAGCAGCAGCGACGAUUACGCGACGGCCUUUGUGGUGCCGACGCACGUCCAGAACGAGGCCGGGGCGAGCUCGGACUUUGAGGGUGGAUUCAGCGGUCGGGUUCCGCCGGUGAGCGGUGGCGGCAGCGAGGUGGAGACAAAGUUGGCACCGCCGACGGCGACCAAGACGACGCCAGGCAGUAUUAGUAUUAGCAAUACCAAUAACAAUAGUAGUAGUAGCUGCGGAGGAGGUAAGGCUUACGACCAGUCGGACGCGGGCUACCACGAGGACGAAGAGGUGGACGAUGAUCUGGACGAUGACGAGGAGGGUGCCGUUGAUGACGAUGAUCACGACGACGACGACGAGGAGGAGCAUCUCCAGGAAACGAUCGUCAGCUCGAAGCGCCACCGCGGCAAGGACUCUGGCAGCGGCGGCAGCAGCAAGGUCAAACCUGCCCUGCCCCAGCAAACGUUCCGGCGGAAGCUCAGCUCCAAGUCCAAGUCGUCGUCGAUCGGUGGCGUUGGCAGCGGUGGUGGCCCAGCCGCCGGAGUCUGCCCCUCGGGGUUGGCCGACGUGCGGAUGAUUGACUUUGCGCACACGACCUUCGAGAUCAAGAACGGCGGCACGUCCAUGUGCAGCCCGAGCACAAACGUCAAGGUGCACCACGGCCCCGACAGUGGAUUCCUGCGUGGCCUGGACAGUCUCAAGCGCAUUCUGGCGGAGAUUUGCCAGGAGCACUGAACAACCUUCUUACACCCGUGAAGAAAAAUAAAAAAUAUCUCUCUUUCUCAUCGUCGUCGUCGUCGUGGCUAGGGGUUCGGAUUAUGUCGUAGCAGCUGGAAGAACAAAGUUUUCUUUUUAAGGAACACAAGAAAAAACAAAAAAGCGAUCGCGCGCACUCGUUCGUUUAGAGUUACUCGAUUUCGGUUUAAGUUUUUUGUCGUCGUCGUCGUCGCGAGAGAGAUAUUGUGAUACUAAAGCAUUUUUUUCAUCCAAGGUACAUACAUUAUAAAACGUAUAUAUUUAAUAUGAAGAGAAGAGAUAAAACAAAAACAAAAAACCUUUGAAAAUUAAACCCC